UUGUAAAUGUCAUUUCGGUUCAUGUUUGGGAUUCAUUAUUUGCUUGUUUUUUUUUUUUUUACUAAAAAGUAAAUAAAAAUGAAGACCGUCCGAACUCCGAGGAAUUUCGUAGUUUGCUAAAUCUUUUCCUAAAAUACGUAUGAAUGUUUUUCAAUAAAGAAGCUCAAGUGUUAUAAUUAGUCAUAGUCACAUUUUUAAGUAUUACUUCUUAAGAAUAACAUGCAAAAAUUGAUUCACCAAACUUAUUAUCUAUAGGUACAUUUUGAAAAUCAAGAAUCUACGGAUAUUUUAAUACUAGAAAGUAAAUCUAACAUCUGUUCGAAAUGAACAAAACUGCCCAAGAGUUCAUUCAAAACUCUUUUUCUCCAAUCAUUGCCACACUAAGCAGCUCUAAAGUGGAGAAUGUUAUUGGCAAAAAUAACUUAACCCUGUCAGAACUACUACAACCGUUUACUACUCUGGAUUGGGAAGGUCAAUUCCGUGAGCCAGGAGGAGGCGUAUGCUCUGUAAAAAAUUUCAACCUAGUAAUAAGAGAUGUUAACUGGAAACCUGUGCAGCCUACUGAGGCAAGACGACAACUUAAUAAUGCAGUCUUAUAUAAUUAUGAUGAAAAAACUGUACCAGUUACUAUAGAGGGGCAUACUAUAGAAAUACCUCAAGCCACACCUUGGUUUGAUGCCUGGAGAGAAGCAUAUUUUGAAGUUCAAUUUCCUUCAGAUCAUGAAUUCACAAAACAUUUCCUGGCUUGUAUUAUUGUUGCAACUACUCUGGAUGACAACAUAAUUGAUGUUUAUAAUGCCUUAAAUCAGCAGUAUGCACAACUACAGAAUGUUACCCCACCUAAAUUACCCAAGUGGUUUAACAAUGCUGUUUUAAAAUCCUAUCUUCUUCUUCAUGAUGUAUCAGCAGUUCCUAAGGAGAAAGCAGAUAAGUCAUUUGAAACAUUAAAAUUAACAUUUGGUGCUACCAACUGCUUUAUGCUAUCAAUAAAUUCUAAGCAAACUGUAGAUCCCAAACUACCAACUGAUUUUUGGGAUAGAUAUUUACAGAGAUCCAGGGUGUUAACUAAUGAUUCUCUGACAGCCUCUCUCCAAGUCCCACCGAUUGAAACUCAAAUCACAUUUCCAGCAGCAAGUGCGACUACUCCAGAUGAGAAAUCAAAUGCAACAACAUCUACAAAUCCUGAAGGUGUACAUCCUCUUAUCACUACCGAUAAUGAUGUUUAUGAUAACGCAAACAGCUUACAGCCAUAUUCGUUUUCUGGCAGUUCAGAAAGUGUUAAUGUGAUCAAAUCCUCUGAAAGUUUAUCUGAAAUCCAUGGAGCUGCGUUAAAUGCGGUGGACAUUGAUGCAAUAAAAAGUUUCUUGCAUGAGUAUACUUCGAAAGCGUUGAUGCCACACUUAGAAAAGCAAAUUACGCAAUUAACCGAAGUUGUUGCAAAUAAAAAAGGUGUGAGUAGAUCUCUCCUAUCAGCUACAAAACGAUGGUUUACAACUGGAAAAUCAGGAGCUACAACAAUCAACAAUACAGUUAUUUACUCGACCGAUUGUGCGGAGCUUCAGUUGCGGCGUUUGGGCGAUCUUUGGUUUCUGUGCGGGCAAUGGCAGCGAGCCUUCGACGCGUAUCACACAGCGAAGCGCGAGUUCUACGCCGACAGUGCAUGGCUGUGCUAUGCGGGCGCGCUGGAAAUGGCCGCCAUCAGCGCUUUCAUGGCAGGAGAGGCCAAUAGAAAAACCUUUGGCUACAUGGAGGAAAGCAUUGUCACUUACCUUAACACUUGUAGAAUGAUACAGUAUGCAGUGCGAGCCACUUUGCUCUCUGUGCCAUGUUUAAUCAAUGCUGGGCUAUACGGCGAAGCAGCCAAGCAACUCAUUCGCAUGACCUCUGAAGACAGCGAUUUACGGAGUGCAAUGCUUCUAGAACAAGCAGCUUUGUGUUUUCUGAAAGGCCCAAGUAAUAAGGUCAUGUCAAGAAAAUAUGCUUUCCACAUGGUGCUCGCUGGGCACAGAUUUUCUAAAGCCGGACAGAAAAAACAUGCAUACAGAUGUUACAAACAAGCUUACCAGGUGUAUGCGGGCAGCGGCUGGCGGCUGUCGACGGACCACGUGCAGUUCGCGCUGGGGCGGCUGGCGGGCGCGCUGAAGCUGCCGCGUGCCGCCGCUUCGUGGCUGGCCGCCCCGCUGGCGCCGCUCUCGCCGCAGCCCUCCGCCCAACAGGACGCCUUCCUUCGCGAGUUCAUGCUCGCGCACCAGCAAUGGGUAGAGACAUCAGAGGAGUACAAAGAGCAUCUUCCAAUCCUGCCUGUGCCUUUGCUAUCUAGCGAGGAAACCGCAGUAUUAUGCGUAGGCACCGCGCCGCUCUCGUCUCCGGGACGGACGCCCGCUUCGUCUCUCUCCUUACCGCCUGCGGCAGACGCGGGCCAGGACGACCCUUACUGGCACAAGCUGGAGGAAGCCCUGCUUCAGGUUGCUCAAGGCAGCGUGCCGAUGAUCUUUAAACCGAGUAUAGAUUUGUAUACACAAAAAACUGAUAGCAAUCCGAUUGUUCCGCAAGGAGAACCAAUCCAAAUUUCAAUAACUUUAUACAACCCAUUAAAGAUUUCAUUACUUUUAAAAGAAAUCGAAUUAUUAUGGCAGUUCACUCCAAAUGUAGAGGAAACAGAAACAACCAACGACGAGGUCUUAAAUAAUGAACCUCUAUUCGCUACGGGGCAAGUUCUAGAGAGCAAUGUGAUACACGGUCAGAAAAUUAAGUCCUUUUUGUUAGAGGGAGAUUGUAAGAGAACAUUGAAUUUCACUGUGAUACCUCUGAAGAUUGGGCAACUAAUUAUUCAAGGAUUAGCCUUUAAAUUGAUAAAUGUUGGAGAGGGCAAACAGAACGAAAACGGUGUGACGGUUUUGGGAAAAUUAAAUUUAGGUGGUAACAACUUUUCGGAUAAACUUCUGCAAAUAAAAGUUAUCCCUCAAGCGCCAUGUUUACAGAUGACGCUGUCUGAAACCAGUGCUGACAUCAUGAGUGGGGAAAUAUUGAACGUAGACGUAGAGUUCCGGAACGUUGGUCCGGUGCCGAUGCGCAACCUGUACUUGGCUGUGUCGCACCCCGACUGUAUGAGCGUGGUUAGCGCCGACGAUACUGUGGAUGAUUUCAAAGUGUUGUAUGAUGACAAAUAUCGCCCACCGCCUGAUUUUUCGGACGAGCGAGCAGCGCGCGCGGAGUGGCGGGCGCGCGCGGCUGCGCGGCGCGUGUCGCUGGUGGCGGCGAGCAGCGCGGCCGCGGGCGCCGCGCGCGCCACGCUGCUGCUGCGGCCGCACGCGCGCGCGCCGCGGCUCUACCUGCUCGCCUACUACGAGACGGGCCAGGCCGCGCGCCCGCACCGCCUGCUGCGACACGUCUUCCGCUUCAAUCCCACUGAGACCGUCGAAAUUAUGGCGACGCCGCGAAGAGGAUUAGGUCAAUCUGGCAAUCGAGUUUUAGAAAAUAUGCAUUUAUCCGUGGAAAUAAAAAACAUAUGCAAUGAGAAAGACGAUAGUGUAACUCUGGAAGUGCUGGAGGCGUCAUUGCUGAGCAGACAGUGGAAGUUCACGCAGCUCACGACCGCAAUUGACUCUGACAAUACCUUAAUCUCCCGAGAGAGAGCUCAUCUUAUACUGAAAAGCGCAAGAAUUCUUGGAGGUAUACCAGAAGGGCAGAUUGAAUAUUCUUGUCUGAAAAUUGCUAAAAAUCACCCCGAAAGUAAAGAUGACAUCAACAAGCCUCCCUAUUCAAAAUUUAUUACAGACGAUACACCUUCAUUAUUUGAUAUGGUCGAUGUAAAUGAAAACAAGGAACAAAGAAGUGGAUUGAUACGCUCUAUGUUCGUUUUGCGAUGGAAGGCGCACAACAAGAAGACUGGCCGUGCAACCAUCGGCCAACAUUGCCUUUGGCUUCACUGCUUCGGUAAAAUGCUUUCUCGUGAAAAAGAAAGGCUACCUCUUGAUACGCUCAACGCCGUGCCGCUUGACGAUAUCGGUACCCGCAUAGAUUUACACGAAACAAAGGGAAAAAGUGAAAAGAAUAAUGUAGUCGUUUUUAGAUUGGAGCAUUCCAAUCAUAUUGACCAUGACUUUAAAGUUAAUAAAUUAUGCAUGAUCCCUGUAGUAAUCAAUAUUGUAAACUGCUAUGGGGUGCCCGUAAAAGUUUUUAUAGAUAUGUCGAGACAACAAAAUAGAGACAAUUAUGGACAACUUGGCUGGGCUGGUGCUUUAAGCAACGGGCUAGACAUAGAGUCAAAAGAUUUGGGUUUAAAUGUUACUCUAGAGAAGUUUGAAUCCCGUCGUGUACAGGUGCAAGCCUUGUGUGCCUCGCCUGGUACUUUCUUGGUGGGCUCCGCGUUCUCCGUAAGCACGCUGCUGGGCGCCGAGAGCCGCGCGACCACCCGCUUCCCCAACAGCGCCUCGCUACUCGUCGUACAACAAGUCGCUUGAAACAUGUUUACAGAUAACUCUGGCCGCGACUUCAUCCGCGUGACAAGAAUUACAGCCUAAAGCAUUUCAGGAUAAUCCAUAUUAUAUUCCUGUCUGAUUCACGAACUUUUCACGAUCUGUUCAAGGGAUUUUGAUGAAAUUUGGUACAGAGAUAGCUUGCAUCCGGUUGUACACAAUCUGCGCCUUGAUUGCGGUAAAAUGACAGCUACAAUGUCACGAUCGCAAUCAACUCUGAUUGGCUCACGCUCACUCUUGGCUACAAUGCAUUGUUGCAACAAGAUUACGAUAAAUUCAGCCAAAGGUUAUACAGUUGUUCACGUAAAGUGAAUCUAAGUGAACUUGUUCACUAGCGAGUGUCGUUUUUGGCGCGGUUUCAAUACUUAAACUAUCAAUAAUUUUAAUUCUUAAUACAGUAGAUCUUCCAAAAAAUAUCAAUGUAGUGGGCUUAUUAUGUAAUAAAGAAUAAUUUAAAACGAUUUCUAAGAAUUCGUCAAAUAGCUAUUGAGAUUGUAAUAAUCAUCGAUCGCAAUCGACCAGCAGUUACCUUCUAAUAUGUCAAUGCAGUUAACUAAACUAAUUUGACAGGUCUAAAUUGAAUGCAAGAAAAUAGUGAAAAGGAUAGCUCAGAUCACUAUAGUUAGACUUGUCAAUUCCGAAUAGUUCCGAGAUUGCGUACAACAGCAUUAGCCACAUUUGCUCCUUUCUAUCCUUGAAAAUCAGAGUUCCCGUGGGAUUUUAAAAAUCUACGUGGAUGAAGUCGUGAGCAUCAUUUCUUAUUAAUAGAUAUUAUACAUAAUUUUGUUAUUAAAUUAUUAUUAUAGUCCCUAUGGAUGUUUACCUAAUCGAAGCUAUAAAUAUUGUUAUUACCUGGCUACCCGUAGUAGGUAAGAUAGGUAAGUAGUAAGUACUACGUAAUAUGUAGGUAUAAUAAUAUACAUAAUUGUUAUAGAAUGUAUUAAUGAUUCGUAACUACCUAUCUUUGUUUAUUUUUAUUGCAUUGGGUUCUAUGAAGAAUACUUUAAAAUAAAAAUUAUCAUUA